AUGCCGCUGAUUAUGGAUUUUCAGAUCAAAAACGAAGGAUUCGACUGGGCAGUUAUCAAGAAGUCUCGCGAUGCGUAUAUUGCCCGUCUGAAUGAUAUUUAUGCUGUUAAUCUUGAGAAUUCCGAUGUCGCCCAUAUUGAAGGAACAGCUCGCUUUACCACAUCCAACACCCUGCAAGUAAAUGACGACGAAUUUGAAGCAGCCCACAUUCUGAUAGCAACCGGCAGCCGACCUGUUAUUCCAAACGUCGCUGGCUCAGAAUAUGGCAUAUCCAGCGACGGAUUUUUCGAGAUGGAGGAACUUCCUGCAAAGGUUGCAAUAACAGGUGCUGGCUACAUUGCCACCGAGUUUGCCGGUAUGCUGCAUGGACUUGGAAGCCAGGUGACUAUGAUUCUGCGAAAAGAUCAGCUAUUGCGCGGAUUCGAUUCUUCCAUUACCUCAGUAGUCAUGUCCGAAAUGCAGCGAACUGGAGUGGAAUUCGUACUGAAUACCUCGGUUACCGAAUUAAAAAGAAAGAAUUCAAAGCUCUCAGUCAAGUUGGACAAUAGCACUUCACUAAAUGAAAUCGACCAAUUCAUAUUUGCAAUCGGGCGCGUACCGAAUUCUCAAUCGCUUAAUCUCGAAAGUGCAGGCGUGGAACUCAAUUCUCGAGGCUACAUUGAAGCAGACAAAUUUCAGAAUACAUCUUGUAAAGGCGUUUAUGCAGUUGGAGAUGUAACCGGCCGCGUCGCAUUGACGCCUGUUGCCAUUGCCGCAGGUCGUAAACUUUCAGAUCGGUUGUUCGGUGGCCAAAGCGACGCAUAUCUGGACUACGAGAACAUCCCUUCAGUCAUUUUCAGCCAUCCACCCAUUGGCACAGUAGGGUUGAGUGAAGACGCAGCAAGGGCUAAGUUUGGAGACGAUGUAAAGGUCUAUUCAAGCCAGUUUCAGAAUAUGUACUAUCAGGUUACGAACCGAGGUUCGCCUACUCUAAUGAAGCUUGUUACCACGGGUGAGAAUGAAAAGAUCGUUGGCUGUCAUAUCGUCGGAGAUUUUGCUGACGAAAUGAUUCAGGGAUUUUCAGUCGCAGUAAAGAUGGCAGCAUGCAAACGCGAUUUCGAUAAUACAGUUGCAAUUCAUCCAACUGUAGCAGAAGAAUUUGUGACCAUGCGGUAA